UUCAUUGGCAAACCAGUUAGUCAACAGAUAAACUCGCGGUUGAUGUAUUUAUAUUAUCAUCGUAAACUUGACCUCAGUUCGUCAACUACCACCGACGUUAGCUGUUUUUAACGAAAAUAUUUUUAUUUCUUUUAACUGCAUAUUUAUCAAAACUAUGAGUGUAGCUUAUACAGCGUUGAGUCAAGGACAAGGUGACAACAACAAGAACGAACCGAGUGAAUCUCAUUCAACGGCUAGUGCACCCAUGGCGAAGGUCGAGGCGGACGGUCUCGACGGACCCGAUGAAGAAGUACAUCGCGUUGGUGGUAAUAAUUCCGAAACGGUACAACCUACAACACCUAACAUAGCUAUUUCGGAAGCUCCCGAUGACGAAAAACCGAACCACGACCUUUCCUACGAUCAACUCGAUGGGCAUUUAGGAAAUCAUUUGAACAGUGAUCUGCAUUAUAGACCAGGGACACCAUCGUCACUUAGAUCGCCUAACAUAGGAGUUGGAUUGAAUUUCGAUACAGAAUUGGGAAGUUUAGCUGGGGAUACUAUACCAGAUAUUAAUGUUUAUCAACAUAAGAAAACUUUGGCUCAAGGUAUGAUGGAUUUGGCUUUGUUUUCGGCCAAUGCGAAUCAAUUGAGAUACGUUUUGGACAGUUAUCAGAGACAUCCUUAUUACUGGCCCAGUUUUAUCUUUAUCGUUUUGAGUUUGUCAAUGCAAGUUAUGGUAAGCAUAGGAUUAAUAUGGAACUCCUUGUACAACGUCUCCAAUGAAAAACACUUACAUUCGGCAAAUAAAAUCAACAAUUUCACUGUUCUUGGUACUUUCUUAGUUGUUGUUAUUAACGUUUUCAUUACUUCUUUCGGAGCCGUUACUCCACUGGAAGGAUUUCCGCAAGUUUCCCUGGCGCCAAGAACUUCGGAAUCAGCAGUACUUAUGCCACUAAUAUCUCCCAAUACAUCAAUGUCUAGUUCACCUCUUAUGGAUAUGAACUCUUCUAGUUUAUUAGGAAGUUGAUUAGUAUGAGUAAAAUAUUAUAAAACUAUGGGCUACGUUACUUUGAAUUAGUGAACACAUACGAGGUCUGGCUAUUAAAUAACGAGUUUGCGCGCCUAGAGGGCGCUCUAGACGGGUAGUGCAUCGGGUAUCUAGAUAUACACGUCUCUAAACACAUUUGCGUCACCAUUAACAGUAUUUGUGCAGUAGCGGUUUGUUUUUUUCUCGUGCCGAAAACCAUGUGUGACGUAAAACAAUUCUAUAUCUCGUGCGCGUGUUUUUGAGCGCUUGAAUAAGCGCUUUAGUGAGUGCCGAGAGAGCACUGAAGAUGACCAGCGCCCAGGUCGCCCUGUGACUGUUUCAACAACGGAAACAGUGACAAUGAUGAGCAUCCGGAUGAUUGCCGAGGCUGUAAACGCCGAUAAAAAAACGAUUAGAACAAUUUACAGACAUGACAAAAGUCCGUGCGAAGUUGACGCCAGAAAAUCUGACUCCUGACCAAAACCUCUUGCGUCAACGGGUCUGCUCGGAUUUCCUAGAAAGGUUAGGAAAAUAUCUGCGGUAAUUAUACAUUUUUACGGUCUGGUUUUUUGGCUCUAGAAAAUCGAAAAAUGGAUGGAUUUUAAUGAUCUUGGCCUCAAAAUGUUCCAUUUUACGGCGGAUUUAUAAAAAAAAUUAGUAGAAAUAGCUGGAAUGAAAAUUUCUCAUAGUUUUACUGUUUUAAAUCGUAAAAAAAAACGGUUUUGCAAAAUAAUCCUUUACUUUGGCUUUCUAGAGCCAAAAAAACAGGUGACCGCGAAAGUGUAUAAUUACCAUAUCUGCUUUGGAUGGGUCCAGAUUUAGAAUAAUUUUUAUAAUAAAACCCUUUUUCGUAACCAAUCUCGUUAUUUAAUAGACAGACCUCGUAUUCGUACAGUAGUGCACUGAAAAUUAAAUAAUAUAUAAAUUAUAGCGAUAUCAAUUGCUUUUUCGAAAAUUAAUGUUUAUCUGUUUUGAAUUUACAGUAAAUCCGGCAGUAAUUUGAUUUUAAUAACUUUUAUUACAUGAAGUUAAACUUUACGAAACAAAGCAUAUUCUUAAAUAAUUUCAUAAUGUACCUGUAUGACAAUCGACGUUUAGUUAGGUUAGUUUAAAUAACACUUUUUUCCCAGUAGAGAAAGUUCAUUUGAAAUUUAAUUGUAUAUACACCGAAAAAAAAUAUAGAAAUUUAUACAAUCACAUUUUUAAUAAAUAUGAUACUAAUAAUUGUUUUGUUUAAUUUCUGUUUCUAAUAAUUAAUAGUACAGUACACCUUUAAGAGUAAUUUAAAAGUACUUUUCUUUUAUGUACCGUUUUCAACUGCAUUUUUCUCCAUAAUUGCGAUUAUAGAUUUUGAGUAUCAAUUGAGCUCUACUUCUCUAAUGUGUUCCAGAACUGCAUCCGACCAUUUUUUUGGCCAUCCAUCUUUUUCGUAUUUAUUUUCCAACAUCCUCUUAAUAUGCCCCAAGUAACUUGUUUGGUAGGUAUUUAUAAAGAUUCUUGGCUAAUUUUUCUUCUCCCAAGAACUCUAUUUAUUUAUAUCUCUUUCAAAGCCUUAAUUUUUAUGAUACAAUUCUGUCGCUCGUUGAUCUAUUUUGUAAGUUAUCUAAUGUCAUCUUAACUAGCUUCACUCUUUUUUUCUGGAUUCGUUCAAGGUAAUACACAUUUUAUUUCUAUCUUUUGUGUCAUAAGCUUCCUCAAAAUCAAUAAAUAAAACAUGUAGAUCUAGAUAUUCCUCACAGCUUUUACCUAUUAUCGCUGUAAAUAUCUGAUUUGUUAUUCAUCUUCCUUGUAACCUCCUUGGUAUUAUUCUUAUUAUAUUUUGGCACUUGUUCAAUCCGUCUUUAUCCAAUACUUUGUAUACCACAUCUAAAUGAUAUCCCUGACAUAUUUUUGUAUUUCAGCUGACCAGUAAUUAAGGUUGUGGCCUAUCUGCAUCCAUAUGAUUGAGGCCUAUUUAUUUCUGUUUCUUACCCACAUCUUGAGUUGUUCUGCAAUCGGAGAUGAAAGCAUUUGAGCUCCAGAUUCGGGCCAUGUCAGUUAUCGGCGACUUCAUGCCUUUGAAUCCUGCUGUACCAUUCCGGAUUCAACUAUGAUUCAGUAGUCAUACUUUGCAGUUCCGCUGUACUUUCCGUGCAGAUGUACACAGUAAUGUAGUAGUAGACAAGCUACAACGAUUGCUUUUCAGAUUCAAAUGGCAAAACAAUUCAUUAUGAAGAUAUCUAUACCCAAGGCAAAGCCUAUGAUAAUAAGUAAAGACCUAAUACGCUGAAAAUUGGCGGUAGAUGAUAGAAUAAUAGUUAAGAACUUCAACUAUCUAGAAAAUAUGAUAUCAAAAAAUAGAAAAAUCUACGAGAAAGCACGCGUAGAAGACAACAAGGCCGCCAGAGUAUCCGGAAGUUUUCGCGACGUUAUAUGGCAACAAAUUCAUGUCCACCUCAAGCAAGGUGCGUAUAUACCAAGCAGCUUACGUCCCAUAUUAACAUAUGCAACUGAAUCGAGAGCGGAUCCAAGGAGGACAGCCUCCUUGAUGGGGAGAACCAAAUGAAGAAAAAAUCAUUCAAGGAGAAUCUACGUACCGGAUGAUCAGUGCAGACCGCCAAAAAGAUGUGCCGAAAUGUGGACAUCGACAUCCCUAGAUCGAGAUCGAAGAAAUUGGAGAAUACAGGGCAAGCCCUAAAAUGAGCGUUAUUAUUUCAUUGGAAACUCAAAAUUUGAAGGAAAAUUGUUGCUUAUUUGUUUUUCCAUUCUCAAGACAAAAUAAAAACAUUAAUUGAGAUAUGUCGCUCAAACUACUGACCAACCAUUUAUAUGUACGAGGAUAUAUUGAAAAAUUCUUAACCUACUAUAGAACCAAACAAAAUUUCAAUGUCAAAAUAUUUUAUUACUCAACAUAUUCUCUUUUUAAUUGGAUACAUUUAUUACAGCGAACCUGCAACGUCUCUAGACCUGUUUCUUCUUGCAAACCAGACCUCAACAGCUUUUAUUAACUCUUUGUUGGAAGAAAUUUUCCGACCUUUUAAACUUUUUUCCAGUUGAGGAAAGAGAUGAUAGUCAUGAGAUUUGUGUGCAGGGGCGUUGUGCUGCAAAAACAAAACACUUUUGGAUAGCUUUCCGCGUCUUUUCUCUCUAAUUUUUUCCCGUAGAAUGGUCAUUAAUGUCGAAUAGUAAUCUCCAGUAUUGUUCUACCCUUAUCCAAAAAAUCAAUCAUGAUUACUCCACGGCAAUCCCAAAAAACUGAAGCAAGAACUUUUUCAGCAGAUUUUUGGACACGAAACUUCUUAGGUCUUGCAAAGUUUCAUCUAUAGUAACAAUUCGGUUUAAGAAGUCUACAUCGUUUUCAAAUCGAGCACAGAUCAAACGCGAAGCUUCUACACUUGCACGAUUUUGGUCAACAUUCAAACAUUUGGGGAUCCAUUGUGCAGCAAUUUUUCUCAUAACCAAAUUGACGUGAACUAUGUGAUGAACGCGUUCGUAUGAAAUGUUCAGUGCUUCAAAUAUCCGUUUUAGCCCAAUUCGACGAUCUGAUAAAAUCAUGUCAUGAACUGCAUCGAUAUUUUCGGGGACUGACACAGAAACUGGUCUUCCCGAUCGGACAUCAUCUUCAAUGGAAAAUUUACGUCUUUUGAAGCUUGCAGUCCAAUUUUUCACGAUCGCAUACGAAGGACAUUGAUCACCAAGAGUAUUAAGCAAAUCUUCGUAAAUUUUCUAACCUCUUAACCCUUUUAAAUAUAGAUACUUGAUGAUGGCUCCAUACUCCAAUUUUUCGAUUUUCACAAUUUCGGUGAACGUCUUUUUUCUUUUAAUUUAUUGCGUAACUCUGGUUUGCUUUUUUGACGUCAAACUUUACACUUACACUUCUAAUAAGUUAUUGUUCGUU